AUAUUCCCAAUUCGCGGGCUUCUAUCACUACCCUUGAAAGCGUCUCGUUAUUGUUUCAGAUGUACAAAGAAAGCGUCUCGAUCGUCGCGUGCGCAGCUUUACCUUAUAACCGCGCCAGUUCCCACGCGCGGAGCACAACAUCACGCCCGGCCGGCGCGCGCGCACGGUAACCUCGCACCAACGAGUUCGCGCCAAUUUUCCACAACGUAUUAUGUAAACAAAUUUAACUUUUCUAGUGUUUACAAUAAGAUACAAUAUUUAAAAAUGCGUUUAGUGAUGUUUUUCUGUGUGUCUGUGUGUGUGGUGGUAGGUCAAGAUUUGAACGACAUGGUGAAUAUGCCGAAGUACGAUCAGAGGUACGACUAUCUGGACGUUGACGCGAUUUUCACGAAUAAAAGACUAGUCAGGAAUUAUGUGGAUUGUCUAAUUAAUGCGCAGCGGUGCACGCCCGAAGGAAAAGCUUUGAAAAGAAUACUUCCAGAAGCAUUAAGAACGAAAUGCAUCCGCUGCACAGACAGGCAGAAGAGAACAGCAGUAAAGGUGAUCAAACGGCUAAAGAACGAGUACCCCGAGGAGUGGGCUAAGCUCGCCUCCCGGUGGGACCCCACCGGAGACUUCACCAGAUACUUCGAGGAGUUCCUUGCUAAAGAACAUUUUAACAGCAUCCCUGGAUCAGGCAAUGCGAUCCCGACUUCAGCACCCCUGGCGCCGCCCCGCCCGGUGCCAACGGUGACCACGCCACCUGCCCAGCCCCCAAGCCCAACGCCACCCAGACCGAUCCUACUAAACAGGUUUGGCGACGAGGGUGAGCUGAUGAUGGGCAGUCCGUCCGUGGCCGGCAUCACUCCACGGCCGAUGGCUACCACAGCCAGACCCACGACCACCAUGCGGCCUGCAGUCACCAGGCCAACACCACCUAGACCGACAAUGAUGACCUGGGCUGGCGCGGCGUCCAAUACUCAGCCAACUCGUUUCCCACUUCGCCCCGUAUCAGACCUACCGACUCCUUACUCCACAGCCAUCACCCUGAUCGACCAAAUAGGCUACAAGAUUAUCAGAACGACUGAACUAGUUACCGAUAUUCUUAGGAACACAGUAAGAGCCGUCGUUGGGCGGUAAAAGUUUAAAACGUUCUUCAUAAUUAUAAUGUUUGAAAACCUAUUGUAAAUAGACUUUUGCGUCGAUUCGUGAGAACAAUCUCUUUUGUGCGACCCAGGAAUCAGUUUUAACUGCCUGACGUUUCAUUUCACAUAAUGGUGAAAUUUUUUGUACCAACUUUUAAAGCGAAAUUCGCGUUUUCUAAUAAACGUUGAGAUGUAAAUAUUGAAGCUAAAAAGUGUAAAAAGCAGGAUAAAUACGAAAAUUGCGUAUUAUUUACACUCUAAAUUCAAAAAUCAUCAAUAGUUUACAUGUUUCUUUCAUGGUUAUAAAUGAAAAAAUGGCACUCGCUUUAAAGUCAGCUUGAUGUAGUUGUAUAAAAGUUUAAGAAUAAACUAUUCAACAAAUGGUUUCAGAGAUAGAGCUUCAUUAAAGUUACCUGUCUUGGACAGGUUCCAGGGUCUAAUUUGUGUCAUUUUAGUAGGUACUUUUUAUGUAAACUGCUGAGAAAAGUACAUUUUUAAACGAAUUUAUCUCUUAGAUAUAACGAUCUACGUUUCCCAGUUAACAACCCUGUGACUUGUAAUGUGGAUCUGGGUGCAAAAACAUGAUCCUUUAAUAGCCUCACUCAGAGAUUAUAAAUAUAAGCAAUUCAUUUUGUAAGUAUAGUCGGCUACGAAUAUUUGGUUCCGUGUAAGUAGGGUAAAGGAAAAAAAAAUGUUACAUCAAUCAUGACCAAUCCUACCGUACUGUUGCUGAAAGUAAAAUUACUUUCAGCAUUAUUUUUACUUUACAUUCAGUUAAAAAGCGGCGAUAGAAAUACGUCAUCGGUGAAAAUUUUAACUAUAUAGCUAUCACGGUCCAUGAUAAAUACCUUGACAAAGGCACGGAAAGGACAAGCAGCAAAGCUUUAGUGUAAGGUUCCGAUUUUACCCGUUGGAUAUUGAACCCCAAAAACCAACGACUAAAAUUAGCCUCUGUUCUAUUUUGACAUUAGGAAACUGAUAAUUCGUCUCCUCGAAACAUGGAGUCGUCAAUUGUAAUUCAGAAAUAUGUUUCAGUUGGAAAAACUUUAAUUAAGUAUUAAUUUUAAGUGUUAAAUUAUUUAUACUUAGUUUAAAAUAAGCGAAUUAGGAUAUGACAAUGUGAUUAUGCGUUUAGAUCUAAGCUUUUAUAUCGUCAGGAGGUGACUCAAUAAAUGCUUUUUUUUUAUUUAUAUAAA